AUGUCUAACGAAAACGAAGAUCUAAUAUCGUCAUUGUAUCCUCCACCUCCUCCAUAUUAUAAAUUUUUUACUCAAGAAAACAAACGAAAACUCUCCGAAUGGGAGAUUGAACAGAAACAGCAGCCAGGCGACGAAACUGCUAUUCCUCCUGGUGAGUUAAGAUUUUUAGUACCACCAAAGCAACCAGAUGGUACCCAAUAUAGAGGUUAUGGUAAUAUUUGGUUAUUUGAGGAUAAACUUCCAAGUUUAAAGGAUUCUCAAUGGGAACAAUUAUAUGUUGAUGAUGAUGAAAACAUUACUUCAGAAACUAAGAUUAAAGAAUUGCAUAAAUUGAUGAACUCAUUAUUGUUGAAUUUCUUAGAAUUAAUUGGAGUAUUAAGUAUUGAUCCAAGUAAAUUUGAAACUAAAAUUAAAGACAUAAAUUUGAUAUUGAUAAAUCUUAAUCAUUUAUUAAAUACUUAUCGACCUCAUCAAAGUAGAGAAAGUUUGAUUAUGUUAUUAAAAAAACAGAUUGAUCACAAGAAGAAUGAAAUCGCUAAUAUAGAUCAAGUUUGUAAUGAGAUAAAGAGCAAAAUCAAGAAGUUAUUUGAUGAACAGAUCCCAGAUGUGGCACCUGAAACUACCAAUGUGGAUAUUGUUGAUGAAAAAGAACAGAUGAAACAAGACAUAAUUAAUAAGCUAUUACAGUCGGUUUAA